AUGGUCAGCGAAGACGCCACCCCUCAUCCCCUGUUAUUGAGCGGCACAUCAUCACUAUAUGGUUUCACUCCAGUAACUGACCCGUUGCAGUCGGCCCAGAACUCGGCAGGCAUCCAGACCCUCCUCGAUGCUGAGCGCGAAGCUUCCAAGAUUGUGCAAAAGUGUGAGCUGCGGCGAUACCGCCUCUCGGUUGUUAAGUCUGCUAACGAAUUUUUCAAUCACCUAGCCAGAGAAUUCCGCACGAAACGUGUCAAGGAAGCCCGUGACGAAGCCAAGAAAGAAAUUGCCGAAUACAAGGCCAAGAAGGAGGAUGAAUACAAGAAGUUCGAGAUUGAGCACAGCAAGGGCAACAAGCAAGCCGAGGACGAGGCGAACAAGGAGGCUGACAAGCAAAUCAAGUAUAUUAAAGAGGCUGGGAAGUCGAAGCAGGAUGCGGUUGUUAAGAAGCUCCUAGCCGCCGUCUUCGACGUGAAACCCGUAGCCCCUGCCCCUGCCUAA